AUGGCUCCCAAAAAUCGCAUCAUCAUCGACACCGACCCCGGCGUGGACGAUGUACUGGCAAUGUUGCUGGCAUUCGCAGCCAAGGCAGAAGAUCUAGAAGUCAUGCUCGUCUCAAUAACCUUUGGCAAUGUCGACGUGAAAAGCUGUCUACGGAACGUGGUGGCCAUCUUCCACAUUUUGGAAAAGGAGCUAAAAUGGCGAAAGGAGAACGGCAAGCCACUUGGAUUUGACGGAAUCACCCAAUUCAAGCCCAUCGUGGCAAUUGGCGCAGAUGAACCAUUGCAAGACAGGAUUGAAAGCGCUGACUACUUCCAUGGCGUCGAUGGACUGGCCGGAACGCACACCACUCACCCUCACUUCUCCCCCGAAGAAAGUUGGAAGACCCUAUUUGAAGAGCCGCCUCCAGACUCAUUCCUGACCGAGACCGCCAAGGAAGAAACAGAUCUAGAGGAGCCAACGAAAACGUUCAUCCCUUCACUCGUGCCCGCCCACAAAGAGAUCCUGCGUCUCCUGAGAGAAAAUGAACCAAACACCAUCACUUUGAUCUCCAUUGGCCCUCUCACAAACUUUGCCCUCGCCGCCGCCGAGGACCCCGAAACCUUUCUGCGCUGCAAGGAAGUCAUCAGCAUGGGCGGCACAGUCGACGGCAUCGGAAACGUGACCCCCGUGGCCGAAUUCAAUGUCUACGCCGACCCGUACGCUGCAGCACGGGUAUAUGCAUUGAGUUCUCCAAUUCCAUCUUCCACAAUGCCCAUCGCGAAUGCAGGGUCGCGAUCGGUCGACUUACCAGCGUACCCGCCACGUCUGUCGAAACAACUCAAUCUCAAGCUCAUGUCGCUGGACAUCACCGAGUCCCAUAUGCUCAGCCGCGGUGCGUUCACGGCAUAUGCAUCCGAUCUAGCCAAACAAGGCAGCCCCUUGGCGCAAUGGGUUACCGCGUUCAUGGACCCUAUGCUCGAUAAAAUGGAGCGUCUGCACAUCGGCCAUGAAGGCGAAGGUGCCGCUCUUGCCCUCCACGAUCCGCUGUGUAUCUGGUAUGUCCUGACACAGGAUGAUUCGCGUUGGAAACCUAGCGCCCGCAGUCCUGAGGACAUCAGGGUCGAGACCGCAGGGCAGUGGACUCGAGGCAUGACCGUCGGUGACAAGAGAUCUCGCAAGCGGAGGAAUAGUGAUGGCGAGGUUCCUCACGACAGGGGCAACUGGUUGGGCAACAAGUCGGGAAACAGGAUCUACAGAAUGCUAGAGAGUCCGGGUCCAGAUGCUGCGGCGCCCUACUUGCUCAACGCCAUUUUCGGGCCUUGA